GCCGAGGUGCCCCGCAAGGGCACGAGGCCGGCGCCGCCCGAGGAUGCGGCCGCGCCGACGCCCGCGCGCGGCAGGGCAGGCGUCUGCCGCGCGCCGCAGCCGCAGGACUUCGAGGCCCAGAUCGCCGCGUUCGCGCGGGACCCCAGCUGCGUCUCGCUGGAGCUGCCCGCCGGCAUGAGCCCGGCGGAGCGCAAGAAGGCGAAGGAGCUUGCGGCGCAGCACAGCGGGCUGAGCUGCGAGGCGUUCGGCUUCGGAGCGGAGCGUCGGCUGCACCUCUUCCGGGAGUCGCCCAGCUGCAAGGACACGGGCGCAACUCCAACUGGCGAGGAGACGGACGAGAACGAGCAGGAGAUCACCUUCGGCCCGUCAGCGGCGCCGCUGCCGACCUUCUGCUUCGAGACGGCGACGGCCUAGCGCGGGCCCGCUCCCAGGCUCCGGGUCAGUGUGCGAGAGCGGGGCGCCUUUGCGAUCUCUCA